AUGAGUGAAAGUAUUUCAUUACCGACAGCCUCAGCACUUUUACAAAAUAUUGAAGAUCACGAAGAAUAUCAAUAUUUAAAUUUAAUUAAUAAAGUCAUUAAAAAAGGAGUAAAGAAAAGCGAUCGUACAGGAGUAGGCACAUUAUCCAUUUUCGGGACUCAGAUGCGAUUUAAUUUACGAAACAAUAUAAUCCCACUAUUAACAACAAAACGAGUAUUUUGGAGAGGCGUUGUGGAAGAAUUGUUAUGGUUUAUUAGGGGAUCAACAAAUGCAAAAGAGUUAAGUGAAAAAGAUUCUUCUGGUUUUACAGAUAGGGAAGAAGGAGAUUUAGGGCCUGUUUAUGGAUUUCAAUGGAGACAUUUUGGUGCAAAAUAUAUAGAUAUGCAUGCAGAUUAUAAUGGGCAAGGUAUUGAUCAAUUGAAGGACGUCAUAAAGAAACUACAAUAUUCUCCCAAUGACAGAAGAAUUAUAAUGACUGCAUGGAAUCCAGCUGAUAUUUCACAAAUGGCCCUACCUCCCUGUCACUGUCUUGUUCAAUUUUAUGUGAAUGAUAAAGAGUUAUCAUGUCAACUUUAUCAAAGAAGUGCAGAUAUGGGUCUUGGAGUACCAUUUAAUAUUGCAUCUUAUUGUCUACUAACUCACAUGCUGGCACAUAUUACGAAUUUAAAGGUAAAAUUACAUGAGAAGAAAAGAAUUAACAAAUUUUUUAACAGAAACUUGUAUCCUUUUGUUUAUUUUUAGCCAGGUGAAUUUGUACAUACAAUAGGUGACUGUCACGUAUAUCUCAAUCAUGUAUCCGCACUCGAGGAACAAGUAAAACGCGUGCCAAAAUCAUUUCCACAUUUAAAGAUCGUUAGAAAUGUUGAAAGUAUUGACGAUUUUACAAUAAACGAUUUCGAACUAAUUGGAUAUGAGCCACAUACAAAAAUUUCAAUGCCAAUGGCCGUGUAAUAAUGAAAUUAAAAAACGAAUUACUGACACAAGCUUAUGUACGUUUUUUUAUAUAGAAGAAGACU